CUGAAGCUCGUCUGUGCGCUCUCAUUGAAACUUGGCACCAGCUGAGCGCACACACGGAACAAGUGGCACAGAUCACCGUCUCGACAGGAGGAUCGAAGGAGAGCAGUGUCGGUACGUUCAAUGGCAUUCAUUGCUCUGCUGACCGGACGUCACUUUUAUGUUUUAUUAACUAUAAUUAAAGCCAAAGAGUGAGGGGGGCUGCUGACUUAUGGCGAGUUGUGUGGGAGAAGACCAAACCUGAGGUCUCAUUUCCACCAUGUCAGCCAAUGAGAGCUCAGAGUCAGGCUGCAGGUCAGAGGUCAGACUGGACAACAGCACCUGCACACAGAAGGAGCUGUCCGUCACCCCCUCCGUCAUCUCCAUGACUGUGGGCAUCUUCUCCAACAGCCUCGCCCUAUUCAUCCUGGCCAAAUCCUACAACCGCAUCCGGAUCAAGUGCAGGGCGUCCUUCCUGCUGUUUGCCAGCAGUCUGGUGGUCACUGACCUACUGGGUCACCUCAUCAGUGGCUCCCUGGUGAUUUUUGUCUACAGCUCUCACAAGAAAUGGGAGAUGUUUGACCCUCACCGCAUCGUGUGCGGCGUCUUUGGGGCGUGCUUGGUGUUCUUCGGCCUGAGCCCCCUGUUCCUGGGGAGUGCCAUGGCGGUGGAGCGCUGCAUCGGUGUCACAAGGCCCAUCUUCCACUCCACCGUGCUGGCUCCCCACCACAUGAAAAGGCUGCUGGUUAUCACAUGGCUGCUCCCUGCCCUGGUGGCUGUGCUGCCUGUGCUGCUGCAGAGACCCUACGAGGUUCAGAUCUCCAGGAGCUUUUGCUUCUUCCACACGGAGAAACCCAAAGACUGGCUGGAUGUGUUCCUGCCUCUGCUUUUCUCUAUGCUCGGGCUGCUCGCACUGCUGCUCUCCAUUGUAUGCAACGCUCUGACAAGCUGUGUUCUGCUGCAGGCCAGGCUGCGCCGCAAGCAUCACUGCAGGGGCACUUCUUACCACACAGAAAUGAUCUGCCAGCUCCUGGCCAUCAUGUUGGUGUCUUGCGUUUGCUGGGGCCCAUUACUGAUUCAUGUCAUCAUUCUCAGCACCAGAGCCACAGACGAGCCCACGUCCCUCACUCUGCUGACGGUGGUACGCAUGGCCACGUGGAACCAGAUCCUGGACCCUUGGGUCUACAUCCUGCUGAGGAGAGCUGUUCUGAGGAAAAUCUUCAAGUUGUCCCGCUGCUGCUGGGGUUCAACGUCUCAAGACCUGCACAGCUGGCAGCGCAGCAUGCUCCGCAGCUCCAUUGAGACCAGCAACUCUGGUGCCGGCCCGUCUGCCUGCCACUGCCUCAGCAGGUUACCUCCUCCAGAUACUACGAUCAAAUCAAUUACCUGAACCCUGGUCUGGAUUGUUCUGAUCUGAGGACUGAGAAAAAGACAGGAGACAGCUGUGAAGAUGUGGAGAACUUUGUUGAAAUAGGAUCAUCUGGAAUAUUGUGCACACUACAUAAUGAAGAGUCUGUUUCAUGUUGCAAACUGAUCACCAUGAAGUAACAGUAUUGUGGUGUAUUGUGUACUUUUUGUAUUUAACUUUCAGCUCUGUUUUAUGCUGCAUUCACUCUGGCUUGUGCUUUUUGUAUAGCAAAAGCUACUGUCUUUAUUAUUAAUUCUGCUGAAAUUUACACAUGGCAGCUCCAGGCUAUGCCUAUUUUUAUUCUUAUAUAUUUAAGUGUUAAUGAUUAUAUCAUACAGAUAGUAUUGAAUCAUCACAGUCUAGUUGUGUGUUAAUGAUGUUUUUUUACUGUAACCUGCUGAAACUAUCUAUCUAUCUAUCUAUCUAUCUAUCUAUCUAUCUAUCUAUCUAUCUAUCUAUCUAUCUAUCUAUGUCAUGUCAGUCUGUGCUCUGCUUCUAGGUAAUAUGUACAUUAAAAUAUGAUGCUCUGCACAAGUGUUUAUAUAGUGCGUCAUCUUCCUCUCAUGAAAUUUCUUCCAUUUCUCUGGGCUAAACUGUGUAAUAAAGCUGAAAUGG